AGUUGCCCCGACCACGGGGCCAUGGCCAAAUGAAGUGCUGGUCGGCUUGAUCCAACAUGAAGGCGUGUGUGGCGCUUCUCACUGGGCUGGUGGCAGUCCACGGCGCCUUCUUGGCACCUGAGAAGGAGCCCUUGCAAUUGGAGGUGGCCGGACAUCGAGAGGAACGCGAGCACCGUGAGAAACAGGUGGCGGACGCCGAUCGGCAGAUCGAGGCGCUGGAAGAUCGGCAAUACAAGUCGACUGUGGAGGAGCUCCAGAGCUCAGCCCGCACGGUGCAGGCACAGGCGCAGGCGGCGGCUGAGGAGGCCUUAGGCGCAGAGAGGCAUGUGGAGGAGUUGGCGAUGACGCAGCAGGUGUUGCUGGCCAAAGCCAAGGACUUCAGUGCCCAGCAGGAGGCCGAAGUGAAAUACGCUGAGGACAGCAAUAAGAAGCUCGAGAAAGAGUUAGAGAAGGCCAAGGCCUUCGCGAAGACAUCAGACGCCAGCGCCAAGGACAUGGCCAAGGGCGCUGUGAAGCAGCUUUUCCAGCAGAAGUUCCAGCAGCUGCAAGACUGGCGAGAUCAGGUGCUCACGGACCACUGGGAUAAUGGGCGUCGUGCAGCCCUGGAAGCAGCGGAGCCUUACACGAAGGCCAUGGGCGUGGCACUGGAGAAGGCGAAGAGCUACCAGACGACGGCGAAGACCUUGUCCACCGUGGCCAAAGGCCUGGCGGAGGAGGCGAACCAAGCGACCUUGACUGCGGCAGAGAAGAGGAUGGCGGGUGACGUGGACGGCGCGCUGCGGCUAAACACCGCAGCCCAGCAGAUGCGGAGCCACGGGCAAAAGCUGCGGAGCUACGCCAAGGAGCUGCAAGCAGAGUCGGAGCAUCUCUCCGAGGCCGCGCCCCAAUAUCUCAGCUCCGCCAAGCGCGCCGCUCAGCGUGCCGAGUGGCACGAGAACCCGGAGGCCUUACCGCCGAGGACUCUGGGGUCCUCCUACGUGCCGGCAUAGGAGUCCGAGCUGCCUGCGCAGUGCAAAAGAGGGGCGCAGAUGAAGCAGAAUCAUGUUGGAAGCGA